AUGGCUCGUCUAUCUGACGUUGCCCGUCCAGCCGGGCUGGGUAAAGAUGCCACGGGUACUGGAGGAAAGGGAUUGGGAAAGUCUUUCGCAAAGCGACACCGAAAGAUCUUGCGCGACAACAUCCAAGGUAUCACCAAAGGAAGCAUUCGGUAUAUGUUUCGCCGCCUAGCUCGUCGCGGUGGUGUCAAGCGUAUAUCGGCUACGAUCUACGAAGAAGUGCGCGCCGCACUCAAAACCCGAUUGACAAUGGUAACUCAUGAAGGAUAUCUUUAUACAGAGUCCGGUCAUCGCAAGACCAUUACCGUUCCAGACGUUGUGUUCGUUCUCAACCGACAUGGCAACCCAAUCUACGUGAGCUAG